CCGCAAUGGAAAUCACAGUUAUCUGGCUCGUCCGAUCAAAUCAGAGAUCACGGGUUGGACAGGGGCUAGUCAUCGCGCUGGGCGGAGUCGCUUGAAUACGGCAAUUUGCAGCGACUCCUCACGCUGCUUGCUUCCGCCCACCAUCUCCCCCGCCCGCGAGCUCGUCGUCCAAAGCCAGCAGCAACAGCCGUCCGCCUCCACAUCCGCUGCCAGUCCUUCUAUGGCCAUAGUCGAAGCGUCCGUCCCGGCCAGCACCUCUUACAACCCAGAAUCCCUCCCCAUCGUCUCCGACCAUGCUUCUCCCGAAAACGUCGCCAGCUUCAACGCUGUAGAGCGCGACCCGAACUCCUUCGACGGAUCCCUCCCCGCGAAUCAGGGUCUCUACCUCAACGACAAUGAGAAGGACUCCUGCGGUGUCGGCUUCAUCUGUCACAUCCGCGGUCAGCCUACCCACAAAAUCGUAUCCGAUGCGCGCCAGCUCCUCUGUGCGAUGACCCAUCGCGGAGCCACGGGCGCAGACAGCCGCGAUGGUGAUGGCGCGGGCGUCAUGACUGGCAUCCCUCACGAGUUCUUUGUCCGGGAGGCGGAGCGUGAUCUCGGCUGCAAGCUCCCCAACCCAGGCGAAUACGCCGUGGGCAACAUCUUCUUCAAGGCGAACGACCCCGUCCAGCUGCAGAGCCAGCAGGCGACGUUCUCCCGCAUCGCCAUCGACCUUGGCCUGCGUGUCCUCGGCUGGCGUGAGGUCCCUACUGAUGGGACGAUCCUCGGCCCCGCUGCAAGCAGCAAGGAGCCGACUAUCCUUCAGCCCUUCGUUGUCUUGCAAGCGCACUACGGCGAUGGCUCUGUCAGCCAAGGAGGCACGUUCGAUGAACGUCACUUCGAGCGUCAACUCUACGUGCUUCGCAAGCACGCUACCCAUACUAUUACUCUCGCGAAGGGCUUCUACAUCUGCUCGUUGUCCUCCAAGAACAUUGUGUACAAGGGACAGCUUUCCCCACCUCAAGUGUACAACUACUUCCACGAUCUCAAUCAUGUACUAUACAGCGCGCACUUUGCGCUUGUACACUCCCGCUUCUCCACGAACACCUUCCCCAGUUGGGACCGUGCGCAGCCGAUGAGAUGGGCGGCUCACAAUGGUGAGAUUAACACUGUUCGCGGGAACAAGAACUGGAUGCGCGCCCGCGAGGGAGUCAUCGCAUCUCAGAGCUUCGGUGACGAGCUCGACCUUCUCUACCCUAUCAUUGAGACCGGUGGUUCCGACUCGGCGGCAUUCGACAACGUGCUCGAGCUGCUCACCGUCAACGGCAUUCUGACGCUUCCGGAGGCUGUUAUGAUGCUUAUUCCCGAAGCAUGGCAAGGGAACGAGAUCAUGGAGCCGGAGAAGCGCGCCUUCUACAACUGGGCUGCGUGCCUGCAGGAGCCGUGGGACGGUCCCGCCCUCUUCACUUUCAGUGACGGCCGCUACUGUGGCGCGAACCUUGACCGUAACGGUCUUCGUCCGUGUCGGUACAUCGUCACGAACGACGACAUCAUGGUCUGCGCCUCCGAGGUCGGUGCUGUCUACAUCUCCCCGGAGAAGGUUGUGCAGAAAGGCCGUCUCAAGCCCGGUCGCAUGUUGCUCGUCGACACGGUCGAGGGUCGCAUUGUCGAUGACAGGGAGCUCAAGCUCACAACUGCGCGGUCGAAGAACUUUGCGUCUUGGGUUGAGACGCACAUCCUCCAUGUGCCGCAGAUCGUGAAGCGCGUCCGUCGCAGCCGUGUCGCACUCGAGCCCGUCCUCGACGACUCCCCCUUGAGCACCGACCCUAAGCUCCUCGCGUUUGGAUUCACCGUCGAGCAGCUCAAUCUUCUCAUGCUCCCCAUGGUCACCGACGGCAAGGAGGCGCUCGGCUCCAUGGGUAACGACGCGCCGCUCGCCGCGAUGGCGACCCAGCCCAAGAGCCUCUACGACUACUUCCGCCAGCUCUUCGCGCAGGUCACGAACCCGCCGAUCGACCCCAUCCGCGAGAGCAUCGUCAUGUCGCUCGAGACGUACGUCGGCCCGGAGGGCAACUUGCUCGAGAUGAAGCCCGAGCAGUGCCACCGCAUCCUCCUCCCGUCGCCCAUCCUCGACAUCGAGGAGAUGAACGCGAUGAAGAACCUCAAGCUGGCGUACGGGACGUGGCCGUCGCGCACCAUCGACAUCACGUUCCCGAAGGGCGAUGGGCUGCCGGGGUACCAGCUCGCGCUGGAGCGCGUGUGCAGCGAGGCGAUGGAGGCGAUUGAGGACGGGAUGAAGGUGAUUGUGCUCAGUGACAAGGCGACGGGGCCGGAGCGCGUUCCGCUGUCUGCGAUCAUUGCGUGCGGUGGUGUCCACCACCAUCUCGUCGCGCACAAGAUGCGCGCGAAGGUGGCGCUCAUGAUUGAGACCGGCGAGGCGCGCGAUGUUCACCACUGCUGUGUCCUCCUUGGGUACGGCGCGGACGCGAUCUGCCCGUGGCUCAUGAUGGAGACCAUCCACAAGGUUGGCCGCGAGGGACUGGUCAAGGACAACAAGACCGUCCCACAGCUUAUGGAGAACUACCGCCACUCGCUCGACAAUGGCAUCCUCAAGGUCAUGUCGAAGAUGGGUAUCUCGACGCUCGCAUCCUACAAGGGCGCUCAGAUCUUCGAGAUCAUGGGCCUUCACAGCCAGGUCGUUCAGCGUUGCUUCACCGGUACCGCGAGCCGUGUCCAGGGUGCGACCUUCGACCUCCUCGCGCUUGACGCCUUCGAGCUGCACGAGCGUGGCUGGCCGAGCCGCUACACCGAGAUCCCUCCCGGCAUGCCCGAGUCCGGCGAGUACCACUGGCGCGAUGGAGGCGAGCCGCACAUCAAUGACCCCGCUGGCAUCGCUAACCUUCAGGAUGCCGUCCGCGAGAAGAACCAGAGCGCGUUCGACGCCUACAUCCGCAACGCGAACGAGCAGACGAAGCGCGUGCACCUUCGUGGCCUUCUCGAGUUCAAGUUCGAGAACGCGACCCCCAUCCCGAUCGAGCAGGUUGAGCCGUGGAACGAGAUUGUCCGCCGCUUCGUCACGGGUGCGAUGUCGUACGGCUCUAUCUCCAUGGAGGCGCACUCGACGCUCGCUGUCGCCAUGAACCGUUUGGGCGGCAAGUCGAACACGGGCGAAGGUGGCGAGGACGCCGAGCGUUCGAACGUCCUGCCUACUGGCGACACUAUGCGCUCCGCCAUCAAGCAGGUCGCCUCCGGUCGCUUCGGUGUCACCUCGAACUACCUCGCCGACGCGGACGAGCUGCAGAUCAAGAUGGCGCAGGGCGCGAAGCCCGGCGAGGGCGGUGAGCUGCCCGGUCACAAGGUCUCGCAGUCCAUCGCGCGUACGCGCCACUCGACGGCAGGCGUCGGUCUCAUUUCCCCUCCCCCGCACCACGACAUCUACUCCAUCGAGGACCUGAAGCAGCUGAUCUACGACCUGAAGUGCGCGAACCCGCGCGCAAGGGUGUCGGUCAAGCUUGUGUCCGAGGUCGGCGUCGGUAUUGUCGCGAGCGGUGUCGCGAAGGCGAAGGCGGAUCACAUCCUCAUUUCGGGUCACGAUGGUGGUACGGGUGCGGCUCGCUGGACGGGCAUCAAGAGCGCGGGUUUGCCGUGGGAGCUCGGUCUCGCCGAGACGCACCAGACGCUUGUUCUGAACGACCUUCGUGGUCGUGUCACCGUGCAGACCGAUGGUCAGCUUCGUACGGGCCGCGACAUCGCCAUUGCCUGCAUGCUCGGUGCGGAGGAAUGGGGCUUCGCCACGGCGCCGCUCAUCGCCAUGGGCUGUAUCAUGAUGAGGAAGUGCCAUCUCAACACUUGCCCUGUCGGUAUUGCUACGCAGGACCCUCAGCUGCGCGCGAAGUUCGCUGGCCAGCCCGAGCAGGUCAUCAACUUCUUCUACUAUCUCGCUGAGGACCUCCGCGCGAUCAUGGCGAAGCUCGGCUUCCGCACGAUCAACGAGAUGGUCGGGCGCACAGAGAUGCUCAAGGUCAACGAGGCAUACCGUACUCCGAAGACCGCGUACCUCGACCUGUCCGCCGUCCUCAAGCCCGCCUGGCAGAUGCGUCCUGGCGCGGCUACGCACCGCGUCCGCUCGCAGGACCACAAGCUCUACAUCCGCCUCGACAACAAGUUCAUCGAUGAGUCGGAGCCGGCGCUCACGAAGGGUCUGCCCGUUCACAUCGAGUGCGACGUCACGAACACCGACCGCGCUCUCGGUACUUCAUUGUCGUACAAGGUCUCGAAGCAGUACGGCGAGGAGGGCUUGCCAAAGGACACCAUCCACAUCUCUAUGAAGGGCUCCGCCGGUCAGUCGUUGGGUGCCUUCCUCGCUCCUGGUAUCACUAUCGAGCUCGAGGGUGAUGCCAACGACUACGUCGGCAAGGGUCUGUCGGGCGGUCGCCUCAUUGUCUACCCGCCCAAGACGUCGACCUUCAAGGCUGAAGAGAACAUCAUCAUCGGCAAUGUCUGCUUGUACGGUGCUACCUCUGGCGAGGCGUUCAUUCGCGGUGUCGCUGCGGAGCGCUUCGCCGUCCGCAACUCGGGUGUGAACGCCGUAGUUGAGGGCACUGGUGACCACGGCUGCGAGUACAUGACGGGUGGCCGCGUUGUGGUUCUCGGAACCACUGGACGUAAUUUCGCUGCCGGUAUGAGCGGAGGUAUCGCCUACGUCCUCGACAUGGCCCACACCUUCGCCUCCAAGGUGAACAUGGAGAUGGUCGAGCUUGGCAAGGUCACGGACCCCAAGGAAAUCGCUGCGCUCCGCGGGCUCAUCGAGGACCAUCGCCACUACACUGGAUCCGAGGUCGCGGACCGCGUCCUCAAGGACUUCCACCACCUUCUCCCGCUCUUCGUCCGCGUCAUGCCUCUCGACUAUAAGCGCGUAUUGGAGGAGCAGGCGGCCCGCGAGAAGGAGGAGAAGGCGCGGCAGAGCGUCAUUGACCUCGUUCCCUCGCGUACCGCCAGCCAGGUCGACCUCGCUUCCGAGGGCUUGGAGGAUAUCUUGCAGCCGAAGCUCCAUCUCACCCCGAGCCCUAAGCCCAAGCACGAGCCUUCGGUUGGGGAUCUCGAGGACUCGCUUGUCGACGAUGCGACCACCAAGCAGCGCAUGCACAAGCUCGACAAGACCCGCGGCUUCAUGAAGUACAAGCGCCUUGGUGAGGCCUACCGUCCGCCGCGCAAGCGCGUCAAGGACUGGAAGGAGAUUUCCACGCGCCUGACGGAGACGGAGCUCAAGUACCAGUCCGCUCGGUGCAUGGACUGCGGUGUGCCCUUCUGCCAGUCGGACACGGGCUGCCCGAUCUCCAACAUCAUCCCCAAGUGGAACGAUCUCGUCUUCAAGGGCCAGUGGCAGGACGCGCUCAACCGCCUUCUCAUGACCAACAACUUCCCCGAGUUCACGGGUCGUGUCUGCCCCGCUCCCUGCGAGGGUGCCUGUGUUCUAGGAAUCAAUGAGCAGCCUGUCGGUAUCAAGUCCAUUGAGUGUGCCAUCAUUGACAAGGGCUUCGAGAUGGGGUGGAUGGCGCCCAAGCCGCCAGCGGUCCGAACCGGCAAGCGCGUGGCUAUCAUCGGUGCUGGUCCCGCGGGUCUCGCUUGCGCCGACCAGCUGAACAAGGCUGGCCACCUGGUCACCGUCUACGACCGUAACGAUCGCAUGGGUGGUCUUCUCAUGUACGGCAUUCCGAACAUGAAGCUUGACAAGAGUGUUGUACAGCGUCGCAUUGACCUGAUGGCAGCUGAGGGCAUUACCUUCGUCCCGAAUGCCCAUGUCGGUGUCAACGUCGAUGCCGAGGAGCUCAGGCAGGAGUACGAUGCCGUUGUCGCUUGCACCGGUGCGACAUGGCCUCGCGACCUCAAGAUCCCCCACCGUGACGCCGACGGCAUCCACUUCGCCAUGGAGUUCCUCCAGCUCAACACGAAGGCGCUCCUCGAUGACGGCCACCAGAACAGCAGCUACAUCAACGCCAAGGGCAAGGAUGUCAUCGUCAUCGGCGGUGGUGACACGGGCAAUGACUGUAUCGGUACCGCUAUGCGCCACGGCGCGAAGAGCGUCACCAACUUCGAGCUCCUUCCUCGCCCGCCUGCGGAGCGUGCCCGCGACAACCCUUGGCCGCAGUGGCCUAGGAUCUUCCGUACUGACUACGGUCACACGGAGGUCGCAUCGCACUUCGGCCGCGACCCUAGGGAGUACUGCAUCUCCACCAAGGACUUCGUUGUUGACGAUGAGGGCAAGCUUGUUGGUCUCAACACUGUGCGCGUUGAGUGGACCAAGGACAGCGGUGGCCGCUGGAAGAUGGAGGAGGUUCCCGGGUCGGAGAAGUUCUUCCCGGCUCAGCUCGUCUUCCUCGCGCUCGGCUUCCUCGGGCCCGAGAACGAGGUCAUCAAGGCGCUCGGCAUCAAGCAGGAUGCGCGCUCGAACAUCCAGACCGCUCCCAAGAAGUACAGCACGAACAUCGAGGGUGUCUUCGCCGCGGGCGACUGCAGGAGAGGCCAGUCGCUCAUCGUCUGGGGUAUCAACGAGGGUCGCAGCGCCGCCGCCGAGGUCGACAUGUACCUCGAGAAGAACACUCGUCUCCCGCUCGCCGGCAGCAUCAAGACGCGCGUCUUCGUUCCCCCGCCCAGCCAGCUCAGCGCCAAGGCUAUCCCUGUCCAGGCUUGAAACUUGCAGCUCGAGGCCUGAUAGACGUUAUGGAAGGUCGGACUGGUGGUUUCCCCCAUGUAUUUCUAGUUUCUCCGUUCAGCUUUCUACGUCGAAUGUGUUCUCUCAUCUAUCUCAUCUGUUCGCUGGUCCAGAGUCGUACGGAGGCAUAUAAUGCCCUGCUACUUUACUGUACAUACUUAGCCUCAAUGUCAUUCACUGUUGUUUGUUGUAA